UGAACUGUUAAUUACAUGACCACUGCACAAAUCAGGCAGGCGAUUAGCCGCAAGAAAGUCAUUUUAUGUCCUGGCGUUAUACAGUUGCUGAAAGGGCUGGAUCGUUACAUACCGACCUGUUCUGGAGACUUAUGCGUGUGAAUGUGUAUUUGUGCUUAUCAUCAAUUGGAAUUGGCGCCCCUACUUUGAUACAUAUAUAUCUGAAUCCGGUGUGAAUAACAGCACGGUACAAAAAAGCUCACAGUACAAACCGUAAUGGCCAGGGAAAGAAUGAAAGGAGUUCUCAGUAAGGGAAUCAUGGUGGACAUGAUAACUUGUGGGUCCUGCCGUGGAGAGUUUCUCUUGAGGGAUAUCACGGUCUUUAUACAGCAUAAGGCCUUCGACUGCCGCGGCCCACGGGACCAUGGACUCCAGCAGCAAGUGCUGAAAUGUUCCUCUUGUGAUCGCGAGUUCCGCACAUCCUGGGGAUUGCUACAUCACAUACAGGAGGCGCACAACAUCCAGCUCUACUCCGAGAACCUCCUGUAUCAGACAGAGGAGUAUUGUGACGAGGACCGAGGUUUUCAGUCAUACAGCCAUAGCAGGAUUCUGACCCCUGCCAGCUCCUGGGACCACGACGGUGACAGUGGGAACCACACGGUCUGUGUACGGCUGGAUUCGCAGUACCCGGACACCCGCUACCCACCAGAACGUAUAGGCAGCUCAAGGAGAACAGAGGGACACCAAGGGCUGGCAGGACAAGGUGUUGCCCCCAACUCUGUUGAGGACAGACCGCUAGACAGGGCAAAGGACUCACAGGUGUUGCCUCUUGACCUCAAAAUCUCCUUUCGAGAGAACAGGUCUGUGUACCAUGAGACGCCGUCAGACAGCGAUAACUGCUCCAUGAGCUCUGUGGAUGUUACACCGUGCUCGCACUCCUCAAUUAUCCCUAAGAAAAGGAAAUGGUCUGUCUACGAGCCGUCGUCGGAUGAUUGUGCUUCACCAGACACCAUGACGUACUCACCAUGUGAGUCUCACGAUUCGCUACAUGAUGAAGUGUCCUCCACAUGUACACCAAGGACACUAAUCAAGAACCAUCCCGCCACCAGGCACAGUUUGGUUAUUUUGCCAAAAUGGAAGUAUUCCAUGGACUUACAAAGUUCUCUACCAGUAGUUUCACCUGGCUCUGUCGACAGACCUCCCAACAGUCAGACCUCCGACACCUGCCUUACUGUGAACACUGUCAAUGGUAGUAGCCCAGCAAACUGUACCAUACAGCAGGAUUCUGCGAGUGAACACUGGACAGCGACUGAGGCCGCAUACGUGACGACAUCUCCCGAGACACGGGAGGUCAAUGGACAACUUAAUGACGUAGUGACGGUGACGUCCCAAGAGCGACCCGCAUCAAGUGAGGAAUUCUACCCACAGAGAGUAUCAGAGAACGGGAGUUCUGAUACUCUUGUGGACCGUCGAGAGAGCCCUGUGUCUGAUGGGCUGUACGGUGCUAGCAAGAAGCGUAGGUACCCGACUACGCGGCCCUUUAAAUGUGACCACUGUGAACAUUCCUUUAAUCAACGCAUUCAUCUCAAGAAGCAUCUGAGCAAACACACCGGUAUCAAGCCGUUUAAAUGUGGACUGUGUGAUUAUUCCACGGUGGAGCGGAGUCACCUGAAGGUUCACAUUCGUAUUCACACAGGUGAAAAGCCGUACAAAUGUACGUUUUGUGACUACGCCACGGCCCAGAACAGCACCCUCAAGAUUCAUUUGAAGAGACAUCAUGGCGGACGGAUGUUCCGAUGUAAAAUAUGUGCCAAGUGUUUCACCCAGCUCGACAUGCUCGAUAGUCAUAUGGCCAGUCACGGAGAUUCGUCAAACAAUCAAAAACAAGCGGAUCAAAAGCAUGACGCAUCAGAUCACUUUCCCCUGAAAGAGAACAUGUCACUUCCUCAUAUUCUUGUGUGACCAAAGAUUUCUCCUGUUCCGUUCUGAUCACGUGGCUAUAUCAGCGAUACCCUUGAGAUGACGCGCUAAUGAAGCUACCAUUUAUUUGUGAGGUUGGUUGGGGAAGAGGGUAGUAUUUAUUAACCAAUUCAAAUCAGUAUACCAAUGCAACUGUUGCCAUUGAAGUUUGCUUGUUUCUCUAACGUUGAGCUUGGUAUAGGAUUUUCUUCUGUUUUGGUGCUUUUUUAAUUCGAUUGUAUGCAGCAGUCAGAACAUAAACCUUAUAGGGUUACAACCAUAGUGACACAUAGUUACAGCCGAUUGUACGAAGUCGCGAAGAUCAGGUCUUCAUUCGACAUACAAGUAAAUCAUCAUAUGACUGUGUAUUUACACGUAAUUGUUGGUGUACUAUUGAAAGUUCUUGUCGGCACAUAUGGGGAAAAAUAGAAAGGAAGAGCUUGUGUAUAUAACAACUAAAGAGAGUCAACUUUUUACUUUUCAUUUUGGUUAUCAGCAUUUUGGUAUUAACUUUAUGCCAUUUUCAGGAUAUACAAAACAGCAAAACAGUAUGUCUAGAUUAUAUUCAUUGCAAGUAAACAAACAAUUUUAAAAUUAUUGUUCAAGUAAACUUUAGGCGUAAUGCGCGAUGACACCCCUCCACCCCCUCCACCCCUGAACCCUUUGAACAAUGAGAUUGAAAGCGAGUACAGAUCUACGUCAAGUUAGGCUGUGAUGGUUUGUUACCUUUUCUUCUCUGGGAACCACUUUCAUUUUUAGUUGCCAUGGUGUUUUAUCGUGUGAUUUGUUUACAUAUAACUUGUACAACGACUGAGUUUUCUGUUCAGUUAUAUGAAGUUGAAUUACGCUUGGGCGAGGUUUUAUUAUUGUGGUGACAAUCGUUUUAACGGCGUCUGAAGCCUGUCUGGAACGGGAAUGGCGUGUGUUGUUUUAUUAUUAUUAUUAUUUGAUUUUUUAUUUUGUUCGCGCAACCAUACUUCUUCGGCUUGUACACUGUGUUUGACUGCCUCAUGACGACGCCGUGACUUCAGACGUAUAUUACAUGCAUUCCAAGAGACGAGUCGGUGUUAUGUUAUGUUAUGUUAUGCUGUGUCUACAAGUGUUUCCAUUAAAAAGACAAGUCACACAGGGUUCCAAAAAAAUUAUUCUACUAAUUUUAACAAAAAGUGUGUCGUAUGAGUGAUGCUAGAAUGCAUUUGUUUUUAUAACACAAUAAUCAUAAAUCAUAUUAACCACAUUCAACAUAAUAUUAUGUUAGUGUGACAGAAUCUUUAUGUUGAAUAAUAGAAUAUGUGUCUUGUGUUUAACAGAAUAAUCUGCUACAAAUAACAGAAUACAUUCUAGCGUCACUCAGACAACAGACUUUCUGUUAAACUUAAAACAUUGUUUUUAGUUUAGUUUCCGCUGCAUCCGCAAGCUGUAUUUGUUGAGGAAAACCCUUAUUUAUACAAAAUAUAAAUUCCAUAGGACUUAACUAUCCAUGGCCUGAAAAAAAAAAAUAUCAAGUAUAUCUAUAUGAAUAAUCGCACCCUCAGCUGUAUAAAUCUUUAGAUUUAACUUGGCUCAAUUGUUUUUGGCUCAAUACAAUUUUAUUAUACUUGGUGGUUGACGUACUGUAAUACGUAUGUUGAAAAAAUAUGUACAUAUUUAUUUAUUUAUUACCGUGAAAGCUAUAUUUACUUGGAUGAAAAUAACAAGAUUAUUCAAAUUUUAUAAAGAAGGGCUCAAACAAGGUUUAAAAGUUAUCAAAAUGUAAAGUAUAUUGAUUGUAUUAUUAUUUGAGAUUAAGAUCUGUUAUUAUUAUUGUGGCGGGGAGGAUAUAUAGUAGAAAAUGUAGUUCAACAUAUAGUACAUAUACAUGUAUUUGUCCGUUAAGAGUGUAAAACCCGGAAAUUGAAAAAUCAAAUUCUAUGGUUUGUUUACCUGAUAAAACGUUUUGCUCGAGGCCUGUACACGUAGCAACGUUUGACUUAGUCAACGAUUGUAAAGUUUACAGCAUUGAGGAAAUAUAACACAGACCGGAGGAAAAGGAGAUUCACAUACAUGCAUUCUAUACACUCCAAAAAUUAAUCUGUUAAUUUUAACAGCGUCAUGCUAGAAUGUAUUCUGCUAUUGCAGUACAUUAAUCUGCCAAAUAUAACACACAUGUUCUAUUAAUUCAACAUAAAGGCUCUAUUAGACUAACGGGAUGUUAUGUUGAAUAUGACAGAAUAUUGCGUUAUAAUAAUAGAAUACUUUCUGGCAUUACUCAGACAACAGACUUAUUUUUAGAAUUAACUUGUUAAUUUUUUCAGUACCCCAGCGAAUAAAACUUUGAUCGUUAUUAAAUAACUAAGUAUAAAAGAAAAAAAAGCGAAAAUGAAGGUGAACAGGAAGACCAUGCAAUGAAAAAUGUGGAAAUUUGUACGUUUCUCGAAAAUAUUUUGUCGAUUUUUGUUACUGGAUUGCAUGCAGCGUAUGUUUUAAUUUCGGUGGAAUGGGAAAACAUUAUCUUGGGAAAUGUACUCAUUUAAAGCAAAGUCUUCUCAUGCACAUAAAGGAAUCAUUCCAACAUUUAAUGUGUGGAUUAUACAUAAGAUGAAAAAUAUGUGAAAUCAUUAUUAAAACUGACGCCAAAAGUGAUCCAUAAACACACCAUGAAUAAAGGUAUAAAAAGACAAAAUAAGUAAAUGUAGUUUUGGAUAUUGUUUUCAUUGGUCUUCCCACUGAAUCUUAUGUUUUAUAAGAUGAGUCUUUGUUUUAUUUUGCUCUAAUCUGAAUAGAUGGGAUUUAGAUGUUACAGUAAGAGUAUCCACAAAUAUUACUAAAACAAGAUAGUAGAUAUGGACGAUUUUUCAGGACUGAACAGUACCAAAAUUGCACAUGCAUAGCGAGUAUAUAAAAACUUGAGUCAGAUCUUUAAGACAAAAUCAUGUUGAGGGUAUGUAGAUUUGGUUAUUGGUCCUAUAGUAUGUACGCACUGAUAAGUCAUGCAUCUAUGGGUUAUAAGACUGAUACAAAAACCGGUGUCCAAAUGAAUAUCGAUUGCCUUAUAUAGUGAAUUGUUGGUGUUUAGUGACUGUUACUCCGUCCAUUAUGACGUAACAUGUGACAUGAUCAACAUGUUGAGAUUUAAUCAUAAUCAUAUGAGUUCGUGAAAAUAUAUAUAUGUAUUAUAAAGGUGAUAGUCAAGUACUGUGCAUUUGCUCAAAAGCUCCGUUUUGUGUCUCUUAAGUCAUACAUUUACCAUGUUAUUUGUGAACGUUAUAUAGGUGUGUUGUACACUUGUUUUAUAUACCUACAGGAUAUAUGUAUUGUAAUGAAAAAUACUUUCUGUUGUAUGAUUAAAAUAACAUUGUUUAUAUAUGAAACUUAAUUUUUUGUGUUGUUUGUUUAAUGAAUUUUUUCUCUCUUUUGUAUGGGAGAACAGAUAGAUUUACUGAAUUAAGUAAAUACUCAGCCCCUGGUAUACUGGUCGAUGGCAUGCACUGGACAAGGCAUUAAUGCCUAUACAUGAGCGUAUUCCUGCUGGUUCAGUUUAGACUUUUUAUGUAUUUCUGCAUGCCAUGCUUUGCUGCAUUGUAGUGGUGAACUACCAGUAUGUAAUUUGAGUAAAAAUAAACAAACAAAUAAUUAAUACAA